AUGUCAAAUCGUAAGACCAAACCUGUUGAUCCAAAUAUUAAUCUAUUUACUAUUGCUGCUCAAUUAAGCACUACUGCUAAUAAUAUUAAUAAUGAAUCAUCUACAACUUCAGAAGAAGAAAAUAAUCCUCGUCAACUUAAAGUACCACGAUUAGCAAAAGAAUCAUUAAAUUGGAAUCUGAAUUGGCCUAAAAUAUACCCUUGGGUUUAUCAUGGAGAAGAAGCUGGUAAAAAUAAUAAUUUUACUAAAGGUCGUAGAUAUUUUAAAAAACAAAGUUUGGAUCGUCAUGUAACUACUAGUAAUCAUGAGAUGGUUUGUGCUAUACGAAUGCAAUCUCAAGCUACCUUAUAUUCUAGUUUCACUAUUCAAGCUAGAAAUGAUCAAAUUAAAAUUAUGAAAAAUAUGCGUAAUAUAUAUUUUUUAAUUCAGCAUAAUUUGUCUACCAAUAUAUUUGAAAGUUUAUGCAAAUUAUCUGAAUUACAACGUAUUAAAAAUCAAGAUCAAUUUGAGUGUAGCAAUGAAAUAUUAAAUAUAAUUGAUAAUGAUUUUUCUAUUGAUAAUGAACGAGUACUAUAUGGUAGUUAUCAAAAUAAUGUUACUUCUCGUGAAUUUAUUGAAUCAAUUGGUCACAUUAUAGAGCAAGAGGUUUUUCAAGAAUUGCAUAGUACUGCAAAUACAAUUACAGCAGAAAUUGAUCGAUUUGUUUUAGCAAAAAAUAUAUCAUAUAAUAAGUUAAUGCAUAUUUGUACUGAUGGUGCUAGUACAAUGAGAGGUGUUCAUAAUGGUAUAUCAACUCAGCUUAAAAAUAAAAAUCUAUUUAUUUUAGAACAUCAUUGUAUUUUGCAUAAAUUAGCAUUAGCAGCAAAAGAUGCAGCAAAACAAGUUGAAGAUGUAGAACAUAUGAUACAUCUUAAAAUGAUAGAAGAAAAUACUAGUGAUCCACAACUUACAGUUUUAAAUAUUAUUGAAACUCAUUCAGAUGAAAAUAAGGUUGCUAAAGCUUUAUAUAAUAGUAUUGAUCAAAUUGAUAAUAAAAUUAAUACAAUAGAAUUACCUGCUAUUAUUGCUAAAUUUGCAAAUACAACAAUUACAUUAUUAGAAAAAAGAUUUCCAAAUCGAAUUCAAAUUGAUGCAUUUCAUAUUUUUGAUCCAAUAGCAUUACUAAUUAACAAUACAGAUUUACAAAACUAUAGUGAAGAUGAAAUUGAAAUUUUGAAUAAUUUUUAUGGCCAAGAUAAAUAUGUAUCAGGAAAUUUAUUUUCUGCAAAAUUAAACUCUGAAAAUUUAAAACAUGAAUGGCUAUUAGUUAGAUAUCUUUUAACUAACUACAAAAAUUUAAAUUUUUUAGAAAUAUGGCAACGUAUAUUUUUAGAUCUUCCUACUUUUAAAGAAAUUUAUCCAGAAACUACAAA